UUUGGGAGCUCUGCUGACACGAGGAGCCCUCGGAGUGGCGGGAGGGAGAACAGCCUGAUCCAGGUGGGCUCCCAGCACGUGCCCCCGGGUGCCUGAGCGUGGGCUGAGGCUCUGCCACUCCACACACCUACUUCCUGCAAUCCUGGCAAUUACCAGUCGAGUAAAACCCAGUUCCUGACGUGGCUGACUCAGCAAGGGCUUGGCUCAAAACAAACACAUCCACACAGGGAGCUGCAGCCCGGGAAGCAGCGACGGGUGGCACAUGAAGGGACAGCGGCGGCAGCGCUAGGGAGCUUUGGCAUUCUGAGUCCAGCCUGGCUGAACUGCUGCACUCCUGGCUGAGCUCUCCCUGGACUUGCUGCUUCAUCCUGGUGGCCGUGGCAGGCCCAGUUCUCCGAGUGCUCCAGCAGCUUCUCCUCUCCGCUCCUGGACUCCGGGCUGCUCCAACAGGGCCCCCGAGCUGCAGCACACGUUUGACGAGCUCACUCACACACCCGCCGCUCCUCUGCACUCCAGGGGGAGACUCCUUGAGAUCCAAGACAAGCCAGGUGCUCCUUGCCACGGCGUGGAGUUUGCAUUUCCUGCACUACCAGCCUGUGUUUUCCUUGCAGCUCCGGGAACGGGGCAGGAAGAGGCUGUUCCUGUUGUGUGGCUCUCUGCUGAUCCCUCGACUCCCGCCCGUGAGGAGUCAGCAUUCCUGCUCCUUGCUGCCUUUCCUCAGCAUGGAUACUUGGCGCAGGGGCUCCAUCAAGUCCACCACCUUCUUCCGACGCUUCUCCCUCAGGAGGCACAAAAAGCUGGGCAACCAAGUCAUCAUCCUGAACCAGAACAGCCACACUCUGGACACGGACGGCCAGAAGAGAGAAUGCUUGAGGGAUCUGAAGGACAAGUCUGAGUACCUGUCCUGUCAGAGUGAGCAGAACCUGGCCAAGGCACAAGCCCCUCCCAAGCCUCCCCGGCUGUACCUGGACAGUUCCAGCUGCCCCAACAUCAUCGACCACACAGACUCCGACCUCUCCUUUUCCGACGGUGCUCCGUACCACAAAGACACUCCAACGCACAAGGACCAGGCUACAGAGCACGGCACCUCAGAGGCAGGUCUCCCGAACAGCACCACUCUUCCCGACCUGGCUGACCCCUUCCUGUCCUUCAAAGUGGAUUUGGGGCUAUCGCUCCUCGAGGAUGUGCUGCAGACCCUCAGGAAACAGAACCCGAGGGAUUACGCCAUUUGA